UCAGCUGCCGAUGCGCAGCGCACCUUCAUCUUCCUGAAAAGUGAUUCAGCUGCGUUUUGGUUUUCCCUGCCUUUUUUCAAAGAAAGAGACACUUAAAAGGCUCCAGGCGCCCCAUUCAGGAACUUCAGCAGACCAGCUGUCCACUAUGAACUCCAUGUUAACCAAUAGCCAGCAGAAAACUAUCUGCUCCCAGCUGGGAAGAGUCAAACUCCAGCUGCUGUACAAGGCCAGCAUCCAUGGUUUCACCGGUGCAGCCUUUCACCAACGAUGUGACAACUGCUGUCCCACAGUGUCUGUGGGCUACAACGCCUCUGGUUAUGUGUUUGGAGGCUACACCAAACAACCUUUCAGUCAAUCUGGACAGUAUGUGCCCGAUGACCAGGCCUUUCUUUUCACCUUCAGUGGAGAAAAGCUCAUCAAGUAUCCAGUCACUAUUCCUGCUAACGCAGUGAGAAUGAUAUCUAACUCUGGUCCAUAUUUUGGAGAAACAUUUGUUCUUGUCCAUGGAAGCAAACCAGUAGUCUAUAGCAAUCCAGGAAAUUAUUACAAUUUAAAUGCUGCAGAAAUGCAUGGCAAUGACCUCAACCUGGCUGAGUGUGAAGUCUAUGAAGUCGAGGAGAUCCCAGAAUUUGAGAAGCCAUGGAGGCCGAUGGUCUGGGAAACUGAGAAGAGAACAGAGUUGAUGGACGGUAUUAAGCUCUACUGCCCCAUGAUCAGCUCUGUGCCCCAGGUUCGUGUUCUGCUCAUUGGACCAGUUGGAGCUGGAAAGUCCAGCUUUUUCAAUUCUAUAAACUCUGUAUUCAGAGGCCACGUCAGCAACCAGGCCAUCGCUGGCAGUUCUACCACCAGCCUCACCACAAAGUUUCGCACCUACUCUGUGAAAGCUGGACGAGGAGGAAAACCUCUGCCAAUCAUCUUUUGUGAUACCAUGGGAUUGGAGGAAAACACGGGGGCUGGGCUUGACAUUGAUGACAUCAUCAGCAUCCUCAAAGGCCAUCUGCCAGACAGUUAUCAGUUCAAUCCUUCUGCUCCUCUGCAUCCGGAGGCCAGCGGCUAUCGCAAGUCUCCAGGGCUCAAGGAUGAGAUCCACUGUGUGGUCUAUGUCACUGACGCCUGCAAGGUCUCCAUCAUGCCCACAAAGCUGGAGCUGAAGCUGGAAGCUAUCCGCAGAAAGGUCAACUCGAUGGGGAUUCCUCAGCUGAUCCUGCUGACUAAAGUGGAUGAAGCCUGCUCUUUUGUCUCACAGGACGUUAGGAACAUUUAUAAGAGCGGCUACAUUGAGGAGAUGAUGCAGGAGGUCAGUGCUCGGCUCGGUGUGCCAAUGUCCUGUGUUGUUCCGGUGAAGAACUACAGCAAAGAGUUUGAGUUGGACCUGAAUUGUGACAUCCUGCUACUCACCGCUGUCAUCCAGAUGCUUCGCGCCGCUGAUAGUUACUUCGAUGAGCUCAGUGACAGAAAGAGCAACAUUGAAACCAAAGGAUACUAAGGAUUAGCACAGCAGAUGUUGUCGGGUUGAUGUCAGAUCAAAGAUGGCUACCCCAUUUCUAGCCUUGUAGUAUCACCAGAUAAUAGAUAAAUGCCUAAAUUAGCUAUUAUCAUGUUCCAUAUUCAUAACAGUCGGUCAGCAGUUUAAACCAGAUGCAAACAGUGUAUAGCUCAUUUUUAGUUACCUGAAUCAAUUGUAUUGGUAAUAUUAUUGUUGAUUUAGACUUAACUGCCAGUCAUGGGGCCUUUACCACAUUACUCCAUGAUUAUAGAAAUAUUAUACAGUUGAUUUUGUAUGUACCAAAUCUGAUUUAACUGAAACGGAGACUUUCUAAUAAUGUAAAGCAUAACCCAACAAUACUUCAUAUUUACACUACUGUUUAAAAGUUUGGAGUCUCCUGCCACAUAAGCUUGAUUGGGAUUUUAAUCAUUUUAUUAUUAUUUUUUUUGGGCCAAAACUAUUUCAAAUGUAAAUAAUACAUUUGAUACAAUACAAAUAAUAAAAAAAUUGUAUCUAUGGUAAAAUAGCCAUUAUUGAAGGAAAGCAUCAAUAUGGAAUA